AUGCGACCGAGAAGUUCAUACCACUCAAGGAAGAAGUGUAUUAAACAAAUAAAGCAAAUCCCUAAUUCAACAGACAAGGCAGGGAAGCUAAAGAAAGAACAAGAAAACGACUGGAAAAAAUACAGAGAACCGGGAACAGAGAACAUAGGGGAGGCACUAAAGAGAACAACGAAUAAAUACGCCAAAAUUAGUAGAGAAGCCGAGAGGCAAUUUGAAAACGACAUUGCUAAGGUAGAAGUGAGGAAGAGGCACACAAAGCGAGCCCCCGUCAACCCCUACCUCGUCAACUCCAGCUCUCCCCGUCAGCCCCUACCUUGUCAACUCCAGCUCUCCCCGUCAGCCCCUACCUCGUCAACUCCAGCUCUCCCCGUCAGCCCCUACCUCGUCAACUCCAGCUCUCCCCGUCAGCCCCUACCUGGUCAACUCCAGCUCUCCCCGUCAACCCCUACCUGGUCAACUCCAGCUCUCCCCGUCAACCCCUACCUGGUCAACUCCAGCUCUCCCCGUCAACCCCUACCUGGUCAACUCCAGCUCUCCACGUCAGCCCCUACCUCGUCAACUCCAGCUCUCCCCGUCAGCCCCUACCUGGUCAACUCCAGCUCUCCCCGUCAACCCCUACCUGGUCAACUCCAGCUCUCCCCGUCAACCCCUACCUGGUCAACUCCAGCUCUCCCCGUCAGCCCCUACCUCGUCAACUCCAGCUCUCCACGUCAACCCCUACCUGGUCAACUCCAGCUCUCCCCGUCAGCCCCUACCUCGUCAACUCCAGCUCUCCACGUCAACCCCUACCUGGUCAACUCCAGCUCUCCCCGUCAGCCCCUACCUCGUCAACUCCAGCUCUCCACGUCAACCCCUACCUGGUCAACUCCAGCUCUCCCCGUCAACCCCUACCUGGUCAACUCCAGCUCUCCCCGUCAACCCCUACCUGGUCAACUCCAGCUCUCCACGUCAACCCCUACCUGGUCAACUCCAGCUCUCCCCGUCAGCCCCCUACCUGGUCAACUCCAGCUCUCCCCGUCAACCCCUACCUGGUCAACUCCAGCUCUCCACGUCAACCCCUACCUGGUCAACUCCAGCUCUCCACGUCAACCCCUACCUGGUCAACUCCAGCUCUCCCCGUCAACCCCUACCUGGUCAACUCCAGCUCUCCCCGUCAGCCCCUACCUGGUCAACUCCAGCUCUCCACGUCAACCCCUACCUGGUCAACUCCAGCUCUCCACGUCAACCCCUACCACGUCAACUCCAGCUCUCCACGUCAGCCCCAACCUCGUCAACUCCAGCUCUCCACGUCAAUAA